ACAUAAUGCGGACGAUGAAAUGAGAGAGUUGGGCUCCGAACCUCUCAGAGCCUCAACUCGUCUGCGUGUUUGCGCUCAGCGGCUCUUUCUUUGUACGGGACCGAACCGAUCCGAACCGGACCGGACUCCUCAUGGCGGGCUACUCUACUUUCGGACUGCCCUUUUUGCCGGGAAACUGCUUCCGGGACUUCAGCAAGUCAGAAUUCCACCGGCCGCAGACUCUGUCCUACCUGAACGGCUAUGGCAUUCCGCGGUGCCUCAGGUCGACCAUGAGCCAGGAGAUGCUGGACACCGAGUGUCCCACCCAGAACGCCAUGGAGCAGCUCUUCCUCCAGAUGCCCGCUCUGACUUACGGGCAGGCCGGUCACAGCCUGACCAGAGAGAGGCCCUUCAUCCCAUCAUACGUGGCUUUCGACAAGAAGGUGCUGCGCUUCUAUGGAUACUUCAUGCAGGAGGUGCUGCUCUCCCCUCAGGAGAAUUACCGGGUGCGGCCUGUGGUCAUCUACUACUUCCUGGAAGAUGACAGCAUGUGCAUAAUAGAGCCAGAGGUGGAAAAUUCCGGAAUACCACAGGGCAAGCUGGUUAAGAGACAACGGCUGCCCAAGAAUGACCGAGGAGACUACUACCACUGGAAGGACCUCAAUCUGGGCGUCGAUCUGUGUGCAUAUGGAAUAAUAUACCGUCUUACAAACUGCGAUGCCUACACCAGGGAGUUCCUAGAGAGUGAGGGCGUGUUGCUCUCUGAGCCAGAGGAGAUCCCCGUUGACCCCUAUGCUGAGAGUCGGGUUGAGCCUGAACACUGCUACAUCACCCCUUCCGACUUUGAUCGUCUCAAACAGUUUCUCACCAUGGACCGCAAGGUGCUGCGAUUUUUCGCCCUUUGGACAGAAAUGGACGACCAGAGCAAAGAAGUGCGGCGUUUCUCUAUCCAGUACUACCUGGCAGAUGACACGGUGGAGAUCCGAGAGUUCCACGAGCCCAACAGUGGGCGCGACACCUUACCGGUUCUGCUUCGAAGGCAGAGGGUGCCCAAGAACUUUAAACCAAAGUGCAAGGAGUUCCCGAGGUGCGUGCUGGAGGUGUCCUCUCAGGAGGUGGAAGAGUACUUCUCCCCCAGAGACUUCAGAGUGGGCGAGACGGUCUACCUCAUGGGUCGGAGCUUCCUGUUGUACGACUGUGACGAGUUCACCCGCAGUUACUACAAGCAGCAGUUCCCCGACAUGGAGCUCAAGCCCAUCCAGAUGGACAGUGGCAAGGAGGUGCACAUCAAGAAGGAAAUCCCCCCCUACAAUGGCUUUGGGUCUCUGGAAGAUUCUUUGCAGAAUUGCCUGUCCCUCAUUCCUGCGCCUCCCAAGAAGGACAUCUUGAAAAUGCUGGAGAACGAUCACAAAGUGCUGCGAUACAUCGCUAGAAUGGAUUCCCAGAAACGCCAGGACGAGGAUCGCCGCUUCGUCAUCUCCUACUUCCUCUCCAACGACAUGAUCAGCAUCUUCGAGAAGCCAACGCGCAACUCCGGGAUCAUUAGCGGGAAGUUUUUGGAGAAGACCCGUGUUCCCAAGCCCAGCUCCACCGUGGACAACCCCGAGUACUACGGCCCAGGAGACUUCGCAAUCGGAGCCACUUUGGAAGUGUUCGGACACCGCUUCGUGCUCAUAGACGCCGACCUCUACGUGCUGAAGUACCUGGAGACCAUGAAUGAGCAGAUCCCCUCGGACACCCUGUCCUCCCUCCGUCAGCACCUGGGUGUGGAGCCCGAAAAGGCUCUCGCCGCUGAGCAAUCUCAAGAAACUGAAAAAACGUCUUGACGGCAUCACAUCGCCGGCUCAUCCGUUUGUCGCGCUGCUGAUCGCGAUUCAGAGGACGGCUUAAAUGCG